ACUGGGACAUGCGCGUUCCGGCCGAAGGGGGGUAAAUUUCCCAACUCCAGGAAUUUGUGGCGGAGUGGGCAAAUUACCGCAGCUCUCCCGGCGCCCCGAUGCUCGCACCAUGUCGAGGCGCAAGCAGGCGAAACCCCAACACAUCAACUCGGAGGAGGACCAGGGCGAGCAGCAGCCGCAGCAGCCGGCCCCAGAGUUUGCAGAUGCGGACCCAGCGGCGCCGGCGGCGGGGGAGCCGGGUGCUCCCAUGAACCACCCAGGGACUGGUGAUGACAUGACUGGGGACCGAGUGACGCUGAAGAGGCCUCGUCGGGAGGAGACUCACGUCUGCGAGAAAUGCUGUGCAGAGUUCUUCAGCUUCUCCGAGUUCUUAGAACACAGGAAAAAUUGCACUAAAAAUCCACCUGUCCUCAUCAUGAAUGACAGUGAGGGGCCGGUGCCUUCAGAUGACUUCUCCGGGGCUGUGCUGAGCCACCAGCCACACAGUCCCAGCAGCAAGGACAGUCACAGGGAGGAUGGCGGCAGCUCAGGGGACGUGAAGCAGAAGCCAGGGGUGGAGCCUGUUCUGUACUUGAAGACGGAGACGGCCCUGCCCCCCACCCCCCAGGACUUAAGCUAUUUACCCAAAGGCAAAGUGGCUAACACUAACGUCACUCUCCAAGCACUACGGGGCACCAAGGUGGCGGUGAAUCAGUGCAGCGCGGACGCGCUGCCAGCCCCCUUGCCCGGUGCCAACAGCAUCCCGUGGGUCCUGGAGCAGAUCCUGUGUCUGCAGCAGCAGCAGCUACAGCAGAUCCAGCUCACCGAGCAGAUCCGCAUUCAGGUGAACAUGUGGGCGUCCCAUGCCCUCCACUCCGGCAUGGCGGGAGCCGACACCCUGAAGACGUUAGGCAGCCACAUGUCCCAGCAGGUUUCUGCGGCCGUGGCUUUGCUCAGCCAGAAAGCUGCUGGGAGCCAAGGUCUGUCUCUGGACACCUUGAAACAAGCCAAGCUACCUCAUGCAAACAUACCUUCCACCACCAGCUCUGUGUCCCCAGGGCUGGUGUCCUUCGCCCUGAGGCCGGAUGGGUCAAGGGUGCUCCCCAACCGCCUCCCGGGUGCUUUGCUACCUCAGCCCCCAGGCUCUGUGCUCUUCCAGAGCCCUUUCUCCACGGUGGCGAUAGACCCGUCCAAGAAAGGGAAAGGGAAGCCACCCAACGUCUCCCCGGUGGAUGUGAAACCCAAAGACGAGGCCGCCCUCUACAGGCACAAGUGUAAGUACUGUAGCAAGGUUUUUGGGACUGAUAGCUCCUUGCAGAUCCACCUCCGCUCCCAUACUGGAGAGAGACCCUUCGUGUGCUCUGUCUGUGGCCACCGGUUCACCACCAAGGGCAACCUCAAGGUGCACUUUCAUCGACAUCCCCAGGUGAAGGCAAACCCCCAGCUGUUUGCCGAGUUCCACGACAAAAUGGCGGCAGGCAAUGGCGUUCCCUAUGCACUCUCUGUACCUGUCCCCAUAGAUGAAUCGAGUCUCUCUUUAGACAGCAAACCUGUCCUGGUAACAGGGACCCCUAAUGUAGGGCUACCUCAGAAUCUCUCUUCAGGGACUAACCCCAAGGACCUCAUGGGUGGCCCACUGCCUGCCGACCUGCAGCCCGGGCCUUCUCCAGACAGUGAGGACGGAUCCAUAGUCUCUGGGGUGGGGCCAAACCAUAGUUCCCCAAGGGUUGGUGGCUUCCAAGGGAGAGGGACACCCGAGCCAGGGUCAGAGACCCUGAAGUUGCAGCAGCUGGUGGAGAACAUUGACAAGGCCACCACCGACCCCAACGAAUGUCUCAUUUGCCACCGUGUCUUAAGCUGCCAGAGCUCCCUCAAAAUGCAUUACCGCACCCACACCGGGGAGAGGCCAUUCCGGUGUAAGAUCUGCGACCGAGCCUUCUCCACCAAAGGCAACCUGAAGACACAUUUCGGGGUUCACCGAACCAACACAUCCAUAAAGACGCAGCAUUCGUGCCCCAUCUGCCAGAAGAAGUUCACCAACGCGGUCAUGUUGCAGCAGCAUAUUCGGAUGCACAUGGGCGGUCAGAUUCCUAACACCCCCCUGCCGGAUAACCCCUGUGACUUUACGGGUCCCGAGCCAGUGAUGGUCGGAGAGAAUGGCAGCACAAGUGCCAUCUGUCACGACGAUGUCAUCGAAAGCAUCGAUGUGGAUGAAAUCAGCUCCCAGGAUGUCCCCAGCAGCUCCUCGAAGGUCCCCAUGCCUCUUGCCAGCGUCCACUCGGCAUCACCCACUCUGGGGUUCACCAUGAUGGCUCCCCUAGAUGCCCCGGGGAAGGUGGGCCCUGCUCCUCUUGUCCUGCAGAGGCAGACCAGCAGAGAAAAUGGUUCGGUGGAGAGUGAUGGCUUGACCAACGACUCCUCGCCCUCCGUGAUGGGAGACCAGGAGUAUCAGAGCCGAAGUCCAGACGUCCUGGAGACCGGGUCCUUCCAGGCACUCUCCCCGGCCAAUAGCCAACCGGAAAGUAUCAAGUCCAAGUCUCCUGAUGGUGGCGGCAAAGCAGACGGCUUGGAGAACAGCCGCACUGAGAUGGAAGGUCGGGGCAGCCUCCCAUCCACAUUUGUCCGUGCCCAGCCAACCUAUGUCAAAGUUGAAGUUCCUGGUGCGUUUGGACCCGCGACCAUGUCCCCAGGCAUGACACCUUUGUUAGCGGCCCAGCCACGCCGACAGGCCAAGCAACACGGCUGCACACGGUGCGGGAAGAACUUCUCCUCGGCGAGCGCCCUUCAGAUUCACGAGCGGACCCACACCGGGGAGAAGCCUUUCGUGUGUAACAUAUGCGGGCGAGCUUUCACCACCAAAGGCAACUUGAAGGUCCACUAUAUGACGCACGGGGCCAGCAAUAGCUCCGCACGCCGAGGGAGGAAGCUGGCCAUCGAGAACACCAUGGCUCUUUUAGGAACAGAUGGAAAGAGGGUCCCCGAGAUGUUUUCCAAGGAAAUCAUAGCCCCUUCAAUGAACGUGGACCCUGCCGUGUGGAACCAGUACACCACCAUGCUCAAUGGCGGCCUGGCCAUGAAGACCAACGAGAUCUCUGUCAUCCAGAGCGGAGGCAUUCCUACCCUCCCAGUGUCGCUGGGGGCCAGCUCCGUGGUGAACAACACCACUGUCUCCAAGAUGGAUGGCUCCCAGUCAGCGAUCAGUGCCGACGUGGAAAAGCCAGGGGCUGCCGACAGUGUCCCCAAACACCAGUUCCCUCACUUCCUGGAAGAAAACAAGAUUGCGGUCAGCUAAGCUCAAGGAGAGCCCAUGCGGAUGGAGAAAAAUGCAGUGACCUCUCUAGAACUGGACCUUUUUGUUUGUUUUUUUUAAAGAACCCAUCUCCUCCUGUUUGGUUUUUUUUUUUGUUUUGUUUUUAACUGAUGUGCAAAUGAUGUUUACAGUUGUGACCACAACCUCAGGCAAAGAGUCCUACAAUCACGAUGUUGCUAUGCUGCUUUGCAAAAAACAAAAGAACAAACAAAUUCAUACUAAAACAUACAGACUAGUUAUUGUCUUUCUUUUUUUUUUUUUAAUUUUGGAAAGAAGCGGGUCUUGCAAAGUAGCUUUGUUACUUGCGACAAACUAUACAUAAAACCUUUGUACACGCUGGAGUAACGGUUUCCAAAGACUUGUCACCUGUUUCAAGUUGGAACUCACUGACCCACAAUGGAAAAGACAGCUGCUUAGCCUUGUGGGGGCGGGGGUAGUGUAUCCUUCGGUGGUGACUGUGGGUAAAUGGACAAGGUCUGUUGUCUUUAGGGGGCCUGCUCUGUAUGCCCCCCAACCAUGCACCCAUCUUUUUAUUUUUCUUUUUUGAAUGUACUUCCCCCCCCCCCCCAAAAAAAAAAACUGAGGUUGUAGAAAGCCAGUUCUUUCAACCUUGGAACCUUAAGUAGGAUGCCCUCAGAUGGACUGGUUUGAGUCCUUAGGGAGUCAAUGUGUGUGUGUUGCUGCUUAUUUAAAUACAGUUCAGGUCGUUCCCUCAGAGUGCCAAUGUACUCCCUGUGCUUUCCAGAUGCCACCUUCUCCCUGAAUGCCAGGAGAAGAGGGGUGGAACCUUGAGCAGGGAACCUCAGGUGACUUAAUUUAGUUCACCAGUGCCUACUCCAUUGAAGAACUGGGUUUUCAUUCUUGAAGAAACUCACGGAAGGGCGUGUUUCUUAUUUUAGGGUCACGUACUUUUUAAAAAAAUGUCCUUGAUGUGACUUAUGCCAAGUAAUGAUGAAGAUUCUCUCCCCACCCAACCUCCCUCCCCCCUACACCCCCAGUAUUGCAUGAAGGCUACAAAAUUGGAACAGGCAAGUCCUGGGUAUGAAAGCUUUAAUUUAUCUACCUCAUUUAUUUUUUAUUUUUGUAGCCUUAGUCUCUGUUUUCCUAUAUGAUGAUUUUCCUAUAUGAUUCCCAGGCCCCGUCUUUAACCUAAGAGUUGAUGUACUGGUGGGAGCGGCUGGACGUUCGAGAUGUUUUUUGUGAUUUUUUUUUUAAUCCCCUUUUUGUAUAUGUAAUAUGAAGCGAACGAUGAAGCGUUGCUCUAAUGGUUUAACGAGGAAGGAGAAGGAAAGUCCGUAAUCUCUGGGUGGAGAAGUGUUGCCCCCGCCAUGUGGAGAUGUAGAUCAAUACUGUUACCAAAAGUUUGUCUCUGAAUUAAUUAUUGCACCUGACUAGGAUCCCCAGAUUUUUAUUUUUAUUUUUUUUGUUCGCCAAGUUGUGCCUUUCCUUCUGGAAUUGUAAGUGAACACAAUACUUAGUACCUGUUUACACUGUGAAGUGGAUAUUGUUACAGAGAACACACCAGAGGCUUUCUCACUGUUAUGCUAACAAUGCCUUGUGAAUGUAUGAUCUACGGAGAGAUCCCUGUAGUUGUACCUGCUGAUGCUGACGGUUGGAGAAUAAAUUUUGGAUAUUUUUUCCCCCUA